AUGCCUGGAGAUGAUUCAUCUUCAACCUCUACGGCAAUACUUGCCACACCCACCGCAGCCAUACCUGCUCAUUCUCCGUAUUUCCUGCAUUCAUCGGAUCAGCCUGGCACUCCUCUCGUCACCCCUGUCCUUGAUGGUAACAAUUUUCCGACUUGGCAUCGUGCUAUAGUCAUGGCGUUGGAGGCCAAGAACAAACUGCAGUUCCUCGAUGGUUCUUUGCCUAAACCCGCCUCUGAUUCUCCUGAUCCCCCACACUGGACUCGCUGCAAUAGCAUGGUGAGGUCUUGGAUUGUUCACUCCAUUGUUCCUAAUAUUGCUCAUAGCAUACUUUGGGUCGACUCGGCUCGUGAUGCCUGGCUCGACCUUCAUGAUCGAUUUUCUCAAAAGAAUGCACCCCGGAUCUUUGAAAUUCGCCGGUCCAUCUCCACUUUGAGUGAAGGUCUUGACUCCAUCUCUAUCUAUUAUACUAAAAUGAAGAGUCUUCGCGAUGCGCUUUCAUCAUACAGGGCCAUGCCCACUUGCACUUGUGGCACUGCCACCACUCUCCAAAGCCAUGUCGAGACUGAUUCCUUAAUGGAUAUUUUGCAAGGACUCCAUGAAUCCUACUCCGUUGUUCGCAGCCAAAUUUUGCUUAUGGAUCCAUUGCCCACCAUUGCCUAG